AUAGUAAUCUGUGGGCAGGAUCCGGUAUUCCCGAUUGCUGAGUUACAAGCAAAAUGGGUUGCAAGGAUUCUAUCUGGCAAAAUUGUGUUGCCUAAAGAAGAGGAGAUUAUGAAAUCCAUUCAACAACAUUAUCAAUUCAUUCAAGAAAAUGGGUUGCCCAAAGGCUUCACUCACUUCCUUCGUGAUUAUAAACAUUGGUUAGCAGAACAAGUUGGGGUACCUCCUUUGGAGGAUUGGAGGGAUGCAAUGUAUGUACAUAAUAUUAAGAGUUUCUUCGAAAUGAAUGGAGGGUUUAGAGACGAAUGGAAUGAUCAUUACUCGGACGAUGCUAUCAUUAAAACAAAGAAAGUACGAGGAGACAAAUCACCAGCCGCCAUCGAAAAUUGCGCCGACACUGUUCCGACUGGUGCCGUUGCCGCACAGGCCACCGCCAAAGGAGGAUGCGCAUAUUCUGUAGGUCAAACUAACGGCACCGCAGCAACCCGGACAUCUAGUGCCUCCGUCAUAGCCGGUGUGUGCCUUCUUCCCGACACCGUCCUCAUCUCCUCCGAUGCGCCUUCGCUUUCUCCCAUUCCUUCCAGUCUCUUCUCACCAAUGAUACCACUAUGCUCCUUUUCUUCUUCGGAUCCAAGCGGUGAGUGGCGUGUGACAAGCCAAGUAGCGACGGUGAAAUGA